CAAACAGGAGGACUGCCGUGGUGCCUUCAUGGUGUGUGGUUUACAGCACAAGGCCACACAAGAGAGGAAAACAGCAACAGUAACAACAAUCAAUUUGAGACACAGAGGCAAGAAAGAGAGAGAAGAGACAAAAUGGAGAUGGAGCCAACUGAUGGUCCCUAUGAAUACUACGACUACGAGGAGACAGAAAACACCACCAUGUGUGACUACUCCGAGUGGACACCAUCGUACUCAGUCAUCCCGGUGCUGUACAUGCUGAUUUUCAUCCUAGGCCUUUCUGGAAACGGGGUGGUCAUCUUCACCGUGUGGAGAGCUCAGGGGAAGCGACGAGCUGCAGACGUCUACAUCGGAAACCUGGCUCUGGCUGACCUCACCUUUGUAGUCACUCUGCCUUUGUGGGCUGUUUACACCGCCAUGGGCUACCACUGGCCCUUCGGAGUGGCCUUGUGCAAGAUCAGUAGCUACGGGGUCCUGCUCAACAUGUACGCCAGUGUCUUCUGCCUCACUUGCAUGAGCUUUGAUCGCUACCUGGCCAUUGUUCACUCACUGUCCAGCACCCAGCUGCGCACCCGUGGCCACACACGAGCCUGUCUGAUGGCCAUCUGGCUGCUGUCGAGUCUACUGGCUGCUCCAACUUUGAUCUUCCGAACAACAAAAUAUGACCAAACCAGCAACCGCACAUCCUGCGCCAUGGACUUCAGCCUCGUGCUGACAAACAAAGACCAAGAGAUCCUGUGGAUCGCUGGUCUUAGCAUCUCCUCCUCAGCUCUGGGCUUUCUUCUACCUUUCUUGGCAAUGAUGGUGUGCUAUGGUUUCAUCGGCUGCACUGUCACACGCCACUUCAACACUCUGCGCAAAGAGGACCAGCGGAAGAGGAGGCUGCUGAAGAUCAUCACCACGCUGGUGGUGGUGUUUGCCGCAUGCUGGAUGCCCUUCCACAUUGUGAAGAGUGCUGACGCCCUGUCCUACCUGGAACUGUUCCCCGCCACCUGUGCCUUCCUGCGCUUUCUACUCCUGGCUCACCCGUACGCCACUUGCCUGGCCUAUGUCAACAGCUGCCUCAACCCUUUCCUUUACGCCUUCUUUGACCUGCGCUUCAGAUCCCAGUGUCUGUGCCUACUCAACCUUAAGAAGUCCUUGCAUGCAAGCCCUGCCAGCCCUCUGUCUUCUGAGAGGACAGAGGCGCAGUCUCUAGCCACAAAGGUGUGACAACAACUGAGAGCCAAGAGAAACUCUGGGAGAAAACGCUAAACAAUGCAGAACAUUGCAUGUAAUUCAAAACUUGACAGCGACUGGUGCUUGCUCAGAUAUCAGCUGUGGUCAGUUCAUGGGAAUCAGCUUUGCUGCUCUCAGACUCUGUGGGCUGUUGAAGGAAACAGUUGGGCUUAAUGUGUUGAGGUCUGGCCACACACAAACUCCUGCCUAACUUUGAGAAACAUGGCAGCAAAACCGGACCGCCUAACACACGAAACUCAGCAGUGCCAGACCCGUCUUUCUGGAAUAAAUGGAAGUAUUGUUGAAGGACCGCAUGCUCUUGUGUCUCUCUUGGUUCUCUUGUGGACUUACUGUGAAAGACUGAGCUUUGAACUCUGCCCUCAAGGCCUGUUAAAAUGUCUUACUCAUGCAUUUAUCCCUGCUGUUCUUGUUUUCACUUGUAAGCACUUGAAGUGUGAUCUCUACCAAUGUACCCCACCCUUCAGCUCGGUCGGUAGAAUCACAGGCAGCAGUGUCAUGUAUGUGUGUAUAUGUAUAGGAAGGGUAUGCCAGUCAGUAAGAGGUGUUGGAGUCUGAUAAGGGUGUUGUAAGGAGAGACGGAGAUAGUGGGUGGGGGUGGUGUGGGUUGGUGGGGGUAUCCCAGACAGACAGACAGAUGGCAGCUGACAAAUGUUUUCAGGCUGGCAGAGUUCCCAAUUAAAAGGUGACUGCUUUGACAAGUCUGCCUAAGUGUGUGCGUGCGUGUGAGUGUGUGUGAAGGGAUGUCUGAGUGGGUUUGUCGAUUGUCUGAAUGACUUGAUGAUGAUGAAUUUGUUCCUGACAAAUAGAUGAAAGCAUUUUGUGAAUACACAUUAUUUUGAAUCCAUGUUUAUGAUUUGUAAUUAAAAAAG